AUGGAAUUACGCUUGAGACGUAUGCCUGAUGCUGCCUAUAAUGUCAAUAGUAUUGCUGCAUUCAUUUCCAUAGCCUCAUAUGUUUGGGGCCUCUGCGCGUUUGUUUUAGUUAUCCACACAGCGAGAGAGAUAGCAAGAUUUCCUCUCUGUUAUGGGAUUGUCAACGCCUAUCUUUUACUUGUCUCAUGUGCUCUUUGCAUCAAUAAAAUGUCUGUUUGUUCUGCUGAUAUGCUCGGUGCCACUGGCUACGAUGUUGGGGUUGUCAUCAUUGUUUGGGUGAUACUAGUAGGAGCGCCGAUUAACGCUCCAAAGAUUGAUAAGAUUUUUUACUGCACACUUUUCUCACUGAAUCCCAAUGCUGCCUUUUCAUAUGCUCUCAAAGGAAUAGCGGACUACAUGAAUCGAGGAAGAAAUUUAUCAUGGGGGAACAUGUUUGAAGAUAGUUCCUUCCACUUCACAGUUGGAACAGCUCUUCUGAUGUUGCUGUUUGAUAUCAUCUGGAUGGGUGCAGCUGCGUUGCUCUUCGAUUUCCUCUCCAGUGACCAAGAUUUCACGCUAUUCAAACUACCUUUUGGAAGUAGUUAUCUUGGCACAUCUGGAACACGGUUGGAUGACGUAGAAGGCAAUAACGAGACUGAUGAGGGA